UUAAAAAAAUAAAAUGUGUAAAAUAAAAAAAAAAAUAUAUACAAACUGAUUUUAUAUAUAAAAAGGUAAUUUAAUGUCUUAUUCGUUAUAUUUAUUCAAAUGUUUUUCAAAAGCAAUCUCCAGGGUUAUUUCAUUUAUGGAACAACUGUCAAAAAAGAGUCACAACAAGAGUUUAAGUUGAGAGUGGUAACGCUAUUUCCCACGAUCGAGUGAACGCCACUUGCUCCCGUCCAAUCAAACUCUAGCUCUUCGUUCACCUGAUCACAGCGAAGCCAUUUUGUCCUGAACGGCUCCGCCAGCGCAUUCUUCACCAAACCGGAAUAACAGAGCUGACAGUUCGAACCACAGCCACAGAAACAGCGACAGACAGGGGGGUUAUAGCUACACCACCCCUCAUUUAGUCCCGAACAACUCGACGUCUCUAGGUCUCACCACGGACGGAACCGUGUCGCAUACGCGGACUAAAGGGGGACUUUAAGCGGGACGGAAGGGCAGAGAACCAGGCAUCCGGUUAGACGCGCUGGCUUACCGGGCUGGAGUCCAACUUGAGCCGGACACUUUCAGCUGUCUUCGUCGGGAUGCACGCUGGACUUCUUUUUAAAGAUAUUUUCCAUUCUUUUUGAAGAUUAUGUGCUAUUUAGGAAUAGCUUAGGCUCGCGCAGGAUUGUUAUUUGUUAGUAGUUGAAUAAUAUAAGAAAGCUGGAGCAGUAAUUCAAGCUCAGAUGUGAUUUAUCUACUCAGCUGGCUGGGUAGAUAGUUUAGAUUGUUGAUGAGAUAAAUCGCCUAAAUAGUUUGGUUACAUAAUACUUUUGUUUUGUUACCUGUGUAGUUACAUUGUUGCGUUAAUCCAUAUUUCUUACCGCCUCUUUGCUACGUCUCUCAUAGGGUUUGGUUUGUAUGUCUAUGCAUAUUUCUCGCAAACAAACCUGUCAGAGUUGUUGACUGGUUAAGUCUUGGUGCCAGUGUAAUAGCAGGUUUAUAAAGGCAAGAAAAACCACAGAACAGUUUUGCUCAUCUGAUCUCAGUAUAGUCUGCUGGUGUUUCCCACAAUCCAGUUAAAAGGUCUUUAUUGGUGAGGCUCAAGCUGGCUGACAGGUGAUAUUUUCUGCCUGAAUCCUCUGAGCUGGCCUGACUGAUAGCUAUGACAUUUUCCAACAGUUGUUUUGUAUCUUCAGACUUCAAUAAUACCAGUAUCUGCUCUUGCUGCCAAUGCUGUAUGAGUAAUAUUAGCUAACAAAAGUUCAGAUCGCCCCUCCAAAUUAGUUACGGCAUAUCUAGUUGUGACAUUUUUACUAGUUAGGUCAACUUUUCCUUCCUUUUUUUACUACAAGUGUAUAAAUUAGUGGCAGUUGACUUGGUGGCUGGUUCAAACAUAUCAAACUCAACAGUUUGUAUCGAGUCAGUGUAUUUUUGUAAAAUUGUCCUAUACUCGAUCUUAUUGAAAAUACACGUCUGCAGUGAGAUCAGGUCAAGUUUAGUGCUCAUUUUUCAUAUAUCGGAGCUGAAUAAAAAUGUCAGGUCAGUCCAUCACGGAUCGCAUUGCUGCAGCUCAGCACAGCAUGACUGGAUCAGCCAUCAGCAAAGCCGUCUGCAAGGCCACAACGCAUGAAGUCAGUGGACCCAAAAAGAAACACCUCGAUUACUUGAUUCACUGCACCAAUGAGAUGAAUGUGAACGUGCCCCAGCUGGCCGACACUCUGUUUGAGAGAACCACCAACAGUAGCUGGGUUGUGGUCUUCAAAGCGCUCAUCACCACACACCACCUAAUGAUGUAUGGAAAUGAGCGUUUCAUUCAGUAUCUGGCCUCAAGAAACACACUCUUCAAUCUGAACAAUUUCCUUGAUAAAGGUGCAUUGCAAGGUUAUGACAUGUCCACAUUCAUCAGGCGGUACAGCAGAUAUCUCAACGAGAAAGCUCUUUCCUAUAGGCUAGUGGCUGUGGACUUCACCAAGAUGAAGAGAGGUAUUGAUGGAGUCAUGCGCACCAUGAACACGGAGAAGCUGAUCAAAACGUUGCCUAUCAUUCAAAACCAGCUGGAUGCGCUUCUGGAUUUCCAGGCUAACCCUAAUGAGCUCACUAACGGAGUGAUCAACGCUGCCUUCAUGCUGCUCUUCAAAGACUCCAUCCGUCUGUUUGCUGCCUAUAAUGAGGGCGUCAUCAACCUGCUGGAGAAAUACUUUGAUAUGAAGAAAAACCAGUGUAAAGAUGCUCUGGACAUCUAUAAGAAGUUUCUGUACAGGAUGACAAAGCUGUCAGAGUUCCUUAAAGUGGCUGAGCAAGUUGGGAUUGAUCAGGGUGACAUCCCAGAUCUCACUCAGGCUCCCAGCAGUCUCCUGGAGGCUCUUGAGCAGCACCUGGCAUCUCUUGAGGGAAAGAAAACCAAGGAGCUCUCCGCCGACAACAGAGCCAACACUCUGUCCAAUGCGGUGUCGACCCUGUCCAACACCGGCAUGUCCUUCUCCUUCUCAUCCAGCAGGAUGGAUGAGAAGGAGAAGCAACAGGCGUUGGAGGAGGAGCAAGCCCGUCUGCAAGCACUCAAGAACCAGCGUCUGAAGGAGAUCGGCAUGCAGUCCCCCUCCACCUCACCCAGCACACAUUCUAUGGGCAGUGCCAACAACCACAGUGCGGGCAUGGACCUGUUCACCAACACCACAAGCCCACCCUCAACAAACAGCAUGCCAAACCUCACCAGUGACUUGUUUGACCUCCAGCCUGCCUUCAUUCCUGCUGUGCAGAGCACUCCUAUCUCCACCGCCAGCAGUGCCUGGGGAGGUCUAGAGAGCAGCACUCUUCAUCCCAUGGCUUCCAUUCCCACCAUGAAUGUAGAUUUUGAUGCUGUAUUUGGGACUAAAGCUUCCAAUAGUGAUGUGAAGCCAUCAGCUGGUUAUGAUGCGUUAGGAGACUUGUUGAAGCCCACAGUGACAGUUCACAGUCAGGUGCCGGUCAUGCCCCAUCAUACAGACAGUAAACUGCUGGCCAAUGACCUGGACUCGUCUCUGGCCAACCUCGUAGGCAACCUGCAGUUUGGGGGAGCACCAGGCAAAAAGUCUGAUAUGCAGUGGACUCAGCCUGGAGAGAAGAAGUUGACUGGUGGCACUAACUGGCAGUCAAAGACAAUGAGCAGCACCACUGCCUGGAGCCCCGCCCCCCUGCCACCUGCUGCCAUGCCACCUGCCGCCAUGCCCGUGCCACACAUGCAGACUGGAAUGUUCUAUACUAGUUAUGCUCCUGCUCCCAUGGCGUUUUCCAUGACAACACCUCAAGUGCCUGUGUAUGGAAUGGUCCCUCCUCAGCUGGGACAGAUGGGAGGGGUUCCAGUGAUGACCCAACAACCCAUGUUGUACAACCAGCCUGUUCUUAGACCUACUAACCCUUUCACCCCCAUCCCCGGAGCCCAGAUGCAGUUCAUGUAAGCAGCACUUCAGCAGAGUGCCAAACAAGAUGGCUGAGAGGAACACCAAGCAAGUAGAGGAGGAUCCAACUACCACCAGAUAAAAGGAGGGCGAGAUAAAAAGAAAGAGUGUGCAUAUAAAGAGAAAUGUAUUUGUCAAGAAUGCUUACCUCAAUGUCUGAAACGACUCACCCAACACACACACACACCAAAUGAGAGUGCACACAGUGUUUCAUUUUUCAUCUCCCGGGGUUCAUUUCUUUCCUGGGGCACUGUGUCUACUGGCAGGUGUGAUACAUCAUGGUAAUCGUGGAUUUUAUUGCCGGUAUUAAAUUACCAUGCACUGAGCACUCUUUUUUUUUUUUUUUUUUUUUUUUUUUUUACAUCACAAUUAAUAUUAAUUAAACCUGAAGCCCAUCACAGUGGACUUCCUGGUACUGUCAUCUUUUACUCUGUUAUGAAGAUACCCGUGCUGAGUUCAGGAAAACAGCAUGUGUCACCAAAGAAAAAAUAUGUUUACCAGAUCAUAAACAUGUUUAAAUGGUUCAUUAACACAAUGCCUUGGCUUCUCAUUUCAGAACAAGGAAAGAAUUUGACCCCUUAUUUAAGGUGUUCUGCACCCCCAAGCACUUUACACAUGCAUUUAUGUGUAACAUAAUAUACAACAUUGAACUUGUCUCUUAUAUCUAGAACUUUAGUAGUCUAAUGUUAACAUUUACCAUAUCUUACUGAUGGCUUUUGUUCAAAAUAGCCAGUCAGUCCUUUUUUUUUUUUUUUUAAUAUAUAUAUAUAUACUGGUUUAGGGGUUGUCGUUUCAGACAUGAUGGUGGUCUUGCGCGCUCACACACACACACACACACACACACACACACACACACACACACACACACACACAUACACAAACACACACACACACAUACAUACACAUACACAUACACGUACACGUACAUAAACUGGUCUUACGUGAGCCACAUGAAGAGCUCCCUCUUACUGGCCUCCCACCUUGUUUUGUCACAUCCAGGACACUGAUAAACAUAUCUGCUCCCGCUCUUCUGUGUGUUAACCAAACAUAUCAUGUAUUUACGACUACAUCUCACACUUUGUGACCACUCCCACAUGUACCACCCACCCUGGGAGCGAGUGACCGGAAACAGUGGGGAAGGGUACAGGGUGAAUGGCCCUUUUGAAAAAUCUCUGUUUCUAAUAAGGGUUUUUGUUUAACCCUUUGUUUUUUAACCUUUUUUUUUUCCUAGAAAGCAUGUUAUAAAUAUAUAUAUAUAUAUAUUUUCAUUAUUAUUUCAGAGAAUGACAUGAAUCAUGGUCUGUUUUAUGUUGCCAAAUUACAUACAUUUGUGAUUCGAAAAAUGCCAUAAACUAGCUCCUGUACCCAGCGCCUGACAUCAAAUUUUGUUCUCUAAAGGACGUGCGUAUCGGUGUUUGCCAACUUUGGAACCAAAAUCAAUAGCUGAAAUGUACUUUUAAGUCCGUUUUCGUGCAGUUCCUCAGAAUGUGGGGUACUGUUAACAGGGUAUCUUUACUUUUGCUUGUGCAGCCAAAGCAUUUCCGAUCCUCCUGAAAUCCCUUUAACCCUUUAUAGAGCAGGUUUCCAGUCCAGCCUUCACAUCAUCCCAUAAUUCCUGCUUUGUUUCUUCAUGCUCUGUUCAAUGAUACCGUUUAGCUUUUAUUCUGCAUGGACUGAUGGAACGGCAGUGGAGAUACAGUGUGGUUGAGUUUUUGCCAUGGUAAAUUAAAGCAGUAAGCCCUGUGAAAGCAGUGUUUUACAGUGAUUUUAGAAUCUUAAACAACACAGUUCUAAAAUCACUGAAAACCAUAGAUUCACAUGGCUUGUUGCUUUUAUAAAACAGUUACUACAUAUAGCUGGCAAAGUUUCAUAAAAUCAACACAUCGCAGCAAUCAUGUAAUUUAUUGAUAAAUAAUAAUCCUUCCGCCAAACAACAAAGUUCUUAAGUAAUGUUUAGCAGACACAGUGGUGCAGUAAUACUUAAGUAAUAAGGUCACAGGUGGAACUAUCCACUUUAUAAAAGUUUUCUGUAGUGUUGUUAAAAAGUCACUCCUUUUUACACCUCUAAGACAUGUUAUAGAGCAGUUAUGACAUUUAUAACAGUCAUGUGUACAUUGUUAUCAGAAUGUUUUUUGUGAUGUAUAAACAUAAGACACACCACCUUUUGCCAUUUAUUUGAACCAGGUUCAGCCAAUUUAAAAGGGUAGUCCACCCAAAAAUGCAAAUUCUGUCAUUUACUCACCCUCACGUUGUUUCAAAUCUGUAUGCAUUUAUUAAUGUAUAUCAUUUUUUUUUUUUUUAACUUUUUUUUUUUUUUUUUUUGGCCCAUACAAUGAUAGUCAAAACUGUUUGUUACCAACAUUCUUCAAAAUAUAUUCUUUUGUGAGAAAGUCAUAAGGUUUGGAACGACAUAAGGGUGAGUACAUGAUGGCAGAAGCUUAAUUUUUUGGUGAGCUAUCCCUUUUUUUUCAGCAGUUCAAGUGUGGUCAUUGUUUGUGUAUGUUGCUAAAGACAGCACAGGUUGCUGUAAUACGUGCUGUGUGAGUGCCUGCCCUCCUUUUGUAGAAACAAGGUAUCAUGUUUCUCUGCUUGCUUAUUUCUGUGUGUGAGUGGGUUACUAAUUCCUUAUUGAGCGACGCUUAACAAGCUUGUGAGUUUAUUCUCCUUUGAGUGCCAUAAGAGAGUCCAGCUGGUUCAGACCGAAUGCUUUUUAAAUGCAGGCUCAGUGUUGAUACUCUCGCUGGGUUUGCAAGGUAACGGGGCACUGAGGAGCGAUGCUGUUUAAUUAGGAUCUAUUCUAUUAUCCCGUUACCAGAGGCUUUGUGUGUGUGUGUGUACGUGAGCGAGAGAGUGAAUGUAUGAUUGUGAGCUUCAAGGAGGAGCAAAAGAUCUCAAGAUGUGCUAAGGUUCUAUCAUUCAUAAGUCAGGGUUUCCAUGGUAAUCUCCAGUUUCUGGUCCUUGGCACAGGUAGCUUAGCACAGCUUUUCCACAUUUUUUUUCUUUUGGCCAUAUUUUGUCUUUUUAAUAAUAUAAUUAAAAGCUCUGCAUGCAUUAGCAGCCCUGCCUCUGGUGAAGAAUGCAUCUUAAAAUAUAAGUUUAUUUGGCAACCUAUGAAAAUAUCACUUUUGGAUAACCUGUAGGCCUGUUGACUUUUUUUUUUUAAUCGGCUAUGAGUCAUGAAUGCUUUUCUGAAGACCCACCAAAGGCUUUUUUAAAUACUUGGUUUAACUAAGUAAAGAAACAAAUUUUAUUUUUAUUUAAGGCCACUGCUAUGAAGAAAGAGGUUCCCUACAUUCUUGUUCUCACAGCUCCCCCUUGUGGUCAUUGUGCGUCUUUCAUUUUGUUUGGUGUUUAUGGGGCUGUUGUGCACAAAAAGCAAAUGCCUGAGUAUAUUGAACUCCCCGCUCUACAUUCAUCCUUUAUUUUAAAGCACAGACUGAAGAGCAGCCAAAUCCAGUGUACUUCUUAACUACUUAGCCUGAUUUUGUACGCCUUGGCUCGUCUCAUUAGCUGGCCUGGAAAACUCAGCUCAGCAGCGGCCUUUCAGAAACGAUGUGUCAGCAUGAACCACACAUCUCUAGUGGGGAUGCUUGGUUGUUCAGGUUCCUUUUCACCAUUGCGUAGUCAAGGAGAUGUCCUGGCUUCUCUGGCUUUUAAUUACUUUUUGUUGUCUGCUACAUUCACUUUAGCAUCUUUUAUCCUUAUUUUCCUGUUACAGAGAUAUAUGCAGUAUAUUUCGAAAUACGUAUACAGUAAAAGUGCCAUCAUCCCCGUGUAUCAGACCAGGGGAUCAAAGCAGCAACUAUUUCUUAUCUAUUUAUCAUAAAAUGCCAAAAAAGAGAACCUCCAUGUUUAUGCUGAUUUCCUUACUGUAUGUUUUGUAAUUUAUUUAUGCAGACCAUAAGGAGUUUAUUCUGCAUGGUGAAAAUUAAAAGCAGAAAUUGUGGGAUUGUGUUUAACUUUUUUGUUUCUUUAAUUUUUUGUCUGCCUUUCAUUGACAUAAAUAAAGUCCAUUUUCAUUCCUGA